AUGGGGAUUGGUGAGCACUUCGAGGGCGUGAAGCAGCACUGGGCGAGCAACUUUGCUUUCCUUGACUACUUCAAGAAGGUCUACGGCCGCGCCGAGCCCCUCCCCAAGUGGUCCGACGCCGACGUCAACGAGUUCAUUGCCUCCGACCCGGUCUACGGGCCCCAGCUCAAGGCCCUGCGGGAGUCGAGGAAGUUCGCGCUCGCCGGGGGCUUCGUCGGUGCCGCCCACCUCGGCGGCGUCGCGCUCAAGUUCUCCAAGGCGCCGCACGGCGUCCUGCUGGCGACCGGGUUCGGGGCGAUCACGGGCGCCGUGCUGGGAUCCGAGGUGGCGGAGCACUGGUACCAGCUCUACAAGAUGGACAAGCAGGGGGCCAACCUCAGGUUCAUCUACUGGUGGGAGGACAAGAGGAUGCCAUGUCCUACUUGCAAUUGUGGAUUACAAUGUUGA